GUUGAAAUGGUUAUUCUCCAUUCACAUUUAUCCUCGUCAAUCACACUUUCCUAUCAGUUCCUCAUUUGUCUUUCGCAUUUCAUUCAUCGUUAUGAAGUCCAACAUAUUACUCUUAGCUUCUGCACUCGCUGCAUCUGUCAUCGCUGCCCCUGCCUCUACCUACACUGUCCACGAGAGACGAAGUGCACAGUCCGCUUCCAAGUGGGUCAAACGCGAUGAACCGCUUGAUAGUCGUGCAAUAGUUCCAGUCAAAAUUGCUCUCACGCAAUGCAAUUUAGGUAAUGGCCACGGUUGGCUUAUGGACGUCUCGGAUCCCUCCUCCGAGAAUUAUGGACAACAUUGGACUACCGAGAAGAUAACCGAAACCUUUGCUGCCGAGGAGACGACAGUCACCUCAGUCACGACAUGGCUCACAAGUUCUGGCAUCUCAGAAGAUCGCAUCACUGUUUCCAACUCAAAGUCAUGGAUCCGCAUGGAUCUUACCAUUGCGGAAGCCGAAUCUCUUCUCAAGACCGAAUACAAGAUGUACGAGCAUACCGAAUCCGCCAAACGCUCUCUAGCAGUUGAUGAGUACAGCGUCCCUGCAAGCAUUUCAAAACAUAUUAACUUCAUCACACCAACCGUUCAACAUCUCACCGCCACCAGACACUUCCAGCCAGCGAAGCCUGCUCGGAAGUCAGAGGUUGCUGAAGUGCAAAAGCUAGACUCAUCGGUUGCUUGGGACCUCUCUAAUUGUGGCCAUAACAUCACCCGAGCUUGCAUCCAAGCACUUUACAACAUGCCCAAUGGUACUCACAGCAAAUCUUCACUCGCAGUCGUCGAAUUGAACGACCAGGUCUUUAACCCCACUGAUCUCUCGGAUUACAUGAACACCUUCGUUACCGGCAAGAAAGUCCCCGAUACCUCCAUCUACGUAAUGAGCGACACAAUCUUCAACAAGACCCUCGAGACCAGCGAAUCCAAGACCGGCGAAGGCAACCUCGACGUGAUGCUGACAUACGGCCUCGUCUACCCCCAACCCAUCAUCUACUACCAAAUCGGGGAUUUCAACCUAUGCGGCGUCGGCGGGAAGAACGGCACUUUCCAGAUCUCCGCCCCUGCAGCUUGUCCCUACGUUACCGCCGUGGGCUCCACCGAGAUCCCAUCCGGUGGCUCAGUCAAAGACGCCGAACACGCAACCAACGCUUUCGCUUCAGGCGGCGGGUUCAGCAACCAAUGGGCGCUCCCGAAAUACCAGGAGAAGGCUAUGGAGUACUAUUACAAGAAUUACGCGCCAGAAUACACAUCCAAGCAGUACAACAAUACUCAAAAAGUCCGUGGAUACCCGGAUAUCGCAGCGAACGGCAACAACAUUGUUAUCUACGAGCAAGGCUCCCUUACUCGCAAAGACGGGACAAGUGCGUCGGCGCCAAUUGUCGCGAGUCUGUUCUCUUUGAUUAAUGGGGAGAGGUUCGCGGCGGGCAAGGGACCAGUGGGCUUUGUCAACCCGGUGUUGUAUGCGGACCCAGGGGCGAUGAAUGAUAUUGUUACGGGUAGUAAUCCUGGUGUCGGGACGGAGGGCUUUGAGUGUGUGGAGGGUUGGGAUCCCGUUACGGGGUUGGGGACGCCGGAUUAUGGGAAACUGUUGAAAGCCUUCAUGGCUUUGAAGUGACCUGCCUUUGAUUGGAGCAUGGACAUAUCUUAGCGUGGAGUUGGGAAUAUUUUGGGAGCAUUGCAUGGAGCGAGCAUUUUUUAUUUGUAUAGCAUAGCGUGGUGUUUUGCAGCAUUUUCAGGAGCAUCGGGGAUAGAGGCAUUGGACUGUACCAAUAUCUUAGACUUGC